UCCAGUACUAUAGCGCCUUUGGCAUCGCUUGACCACCGUGCCGACGAUGGAGGUGGCGGUGGUGGCGAGCGCGGUGACCGGAGCAAUAAGGACGCUCUUGCCCAAGCUCACUGCCUUGCUACACAAGAAGUACAAACUGUCUGGUGGAGUGAGGAAGAAGAUCACUUCCUUGAGGCAUGAGAUGAGCAGCAUGAGUGCUUUGCUCGUGACGCUAGCUGGGCUGGAGGAGCUAACUCCCCGAGACAAGGACUGGCGUGACAAGGUGCGCGAGCUGUCCUAUGAUAUAGAAGACUGCAUCGACAUCUUCACGCAUGAGCUUGAUAGGCAUGAAGCCAAGGGUGGACUGAGGCGCAGGCUUAAGAAGAUCAAGGCGCGGUACAAGAUUGGCCACCGUAUUGAAGAGUUGAGGGCUCAGGUUGUCGAAUUAAGCAAUCGUCACAACAGAUACAAGCCCGAUGAGUGCAUUGGUUCUCCUAGCUCUAGGGCCCUUGUGGAGGUUGACCCUCGUCUACAGGCACUCUAUGUAGAUCCUGAUAGCCUUGUUGGCAUUGAUGCCCAAAAGGCGAAGCUCAUCGAGUUGCUGAGGAUGGAUGUUGGUGAUACACAACGACUUAAACUAGUAGCCAUUGCUGGAUUUGGAGGUAUGGGCAAGACAACUCUUGCGAACCAAGUUUAUACCAAGAUGAAAGGCCAGUUUGAUUGCACGGCCUUUGUAUCGGUGUCUCGGAUUCCAAAUAUAGCCAAGAUUUUGUCAGAUAUAUAUUCGGCAACGACGGACCCAAACACCAAUUGUAAUGAUGAGCGGCUAAUCAUUGACCGGCUCAGGAAUAGUCUAGAAGACAAAAGAUACCUUAUUGUGAUUGAUGAUAUAUGGACAAUGGAAGCAUGGAAUGCUAUUAAAGGUUGCUUCUUGGAGAACAGUCUUGGCAGUAGAGUUAUAACAACUACACGAUUUGAAGAUAUAGCUCAAGCAUGUUGUUCUUCUCUCCAUGGCCUUGUCUACAGAAUCAAACCUCUUAACUGUAUUGACUCCAGAAGAUUAUUUGACAGAAGGAUUUUUCCUCUUAAUUGUCCUGAGCAACUGAAGACUGUACGUGGUGGAAUUUUGAAGAAAUGUGAAGGAGUGCCAUUAGUCAUAAUUAGCGUAGCCAGCAUACUGGCUUGUCAUGAAGAGGUAAAUUCAAUAGAAAUCUGGGAGAAGAUACAUAAUCAUUUUGUUAUCUAUUUGGAAGGACAUCGUGCGUUAGGGUGGAUAAGGCAUGUGCUUAAUCUUGGCUAUAAUGAUUUAUGCCUGGACCUUAAGACAUGUAUGCUAUAUUUUAGUAUAUUUGCAGAAGACUCUGAAAUAAUGAAGGAUGAUUUGGUGAAAAGAUGGAUUGCCGAGGGUUUUGUUACUGAAAAGCAUGGUCGUAGCCCACAUGAUAUUGCAGAAAGUUACUUCAGUGAGCUGAUUAAUAGAAACAUGAUCCAAAUAGCUAAUAUUGAUGACUGCGGGCAUGUGUUGUCUUGUCGAGUCCAUGAUAUCAUGCUUGAUUUUAUCAUACUGAAGUCCACAGAAGAAAACUUUGUCACUAUAAUGAAUGAUCUGCAUUGCACGAAAGGCUGUCUGGAUGUUCGCCGGUUAUCCCUCCAAAAAAUAAAAAAUUCUCGAUGCAAUGACCUGGUGGAAAACAUAGCUCUCACCCAAGCUAGGUCAUUUAACUUCUGGGGUCCUGCUCAAAGCAUUCCUUCUGUUUCAAAGUUCCAACUUCUCCGAGUUCUACAUAUUGUUGUUUCUGGUGACAGGGAUGAGAACUAUGAUCUGUCUUGCAUUUGUAACCUGUUCCAACUGAAAUAUCUGAGGAUUGUAGGCAUUUGGUGCACGGGAUUUCUCAAACAAUUGCGUAAAUUGCAACAUCUGCAGACACUGGAGAUCGCACACAGAAGAAGUGAAGAUGUUUACCUAGACAUUGGUGAGUUACCCUUGACGCUGUUGCAUCUGAUUGUCUUUGCAAAGCUACUUGGUGACAUAGGAAGGAUGAGAUCCCUCAUUUGUUUAGCUACCUUAGCAAUAGGUGAUAUCAAACAUAUGGAGGGAAUGAAGGGGCUCGGUAAUCUGGCCGACCUAAGGGAGCUAAGGCUAUAUGUGAGCGCAUCUGUUUGGAACACAGGUGGACGUCAACUGUCCUUUAGGGAAUCCCUAGCCAAACCCCAACACCACUAUGUUCCUCAUCUACGUGGAGUUGCCAUUUGUGAUUCUCUACUAUCCUCCUUCAGCAGACUCGGCAGCCUUGAAUCCCUAAUCAUCAAUGGAGGGCUCCCUGUUGAUGUGUUGAUUUGCUGGUCUCCACCUCCACGCCGACUCCGUAGAUUACAUGUGCAGGACUGCCCCUUUUCAGUGGUCCCAUAUUGGAUCACCCAAUUCGCCAUCCUCAGAAGUCUGGAAAUUGAAAUUCUUUCCAUGACAAGGGAGGGUAUCCAUAUUCUUUCCCAGCUGGUCUCGCUGGUGAACCUCCGACUAUUUGUUAGGAAGUCUCUUCCCGCAGAGGGCGUUGUCAUCCCUGGUGCAGCAUUUCCGAAUCUUAAGGGCUUCUUCUUCAGAUGUAAAGUGCCCUGUCUCAAGUUCAGGGCAGGGGCCACACCCAGGCUUCAAAAUCUCACUGUGGAGUGUCACACAAGAGCAGUGCAGCGGGCUGAUACUGUACUUGAAGGCAUCGAGCAUCUAGGGAGCCUCAUGACAUGCAAGGUGAACAUCUACCACCAUGACUUCUUCAUGGCCACGCAGACUGGCGGCGGUGAUGGACCAAGGCCACCUAGCAUUUGGCAAGCUCUUGAGGAUGAGGUCUUGAAGGCGAUAAACAAGAAUUUGGGGUAUCCUGAACCUUAAGUUCUUGUUCAAUGUUUAUAACAUGCACGAUCAAAAUGAUUAAGCAGGGAAAUUACCAUCUUCACAAAGAACAUUUUGUUUACAUGUCAUGUGGAGUGCGUCUGUUCGAAAUUUGAUGAUGCAGAGUCCCAAUUUAAGAUGGCACCAAAGAAAUGCAGGACUGAUGGAGAGACCUGCUAACCCCGAACACCGGGUGUUGAUGCGCUGAACAAGAUAUCCCCUGCUACCUCUUCCCAUGAAUACAUUGUUCUAUGCCUGUUAAUGGCCAUUGAUGUGGUGGAGCGAACCCUCAAUGUGUUUUUCUGUUUUCUUUCGUUUUAAAGUAUUUCUGCCCUUGUGAAUGUUACAAUGGUCGUCACACUGAGAUACUGGA